AUGUUUCGUGACGAAGCAAUCGUAUUGCAAUUGAGACGACUCUCCCCACUGACCAACAGAAAACGUGAGGCAAGACAUCAUGACGAAGAUGACCGUGACAGGUCCCGUCGCCAUAGGCAUCGCGAAGAACGCGAACGAGAACGAGAUCGAGAUCGACCAGAAGAAGAAGAUCGAGAACGUCGUCAUCGUCGUCACCGUGAAAGAGAUAACGAAACUGAAGAAGAACGUAAAGAAAGACAUGAACGUCGUAGGAGAGAACGUGAAGAAGAAACUGAAGAAGAAAGAGCUGAAAGACAUCGUCGUCGUCGUGAGAAAGAUUUAGAACACAGAGAACGAUAUCGUAAUGGUAAUGGACAUUCUCGUGGACCUGAGAGUGAAGGACGUGAUAGGAGAGAGAGUAGAGAGAUAAGAGAUGAUAGAUACAGGUCUAGAGAUAGGUCUAGGGAAAGUUAUAGGUCUCAUAGAUCUCGAGAUUUGAGAGAAAUGACCAGAGAGGAGAAGGAAGCAGAGAGGGAGAAAAGGGAUAGGGAGAUGGCAGAAGAGAAGAGAGAAGCUGCUAGGUUGAAAGAAGAGAGAUUUGCGCAGCGUGAACGUCGUACGAGAGAAAGAGAUUUCUCACCUCGUCGACGUCGUCCCUCUCCCACAUACGAAAUACCUCGUCCUCGUGAUUCCCCUCCUCCCACUAAAGAGAAAGAUCCCGUUAGCGAACUCUUAGAAGAGGUAGAUUCUGAAGCCCGCUCGGUUUUCGUCUCACAGAUAUCAUCAAGGAUGACGUCCAGUGAUCUAGGUCUGUUCUUUGAGGACAAGCUUGGUAGAGGUGCAGUGAGGGAUGCUAGGGUGGUGACUGAUCGAGGGUCGAAGAGGUCCAAGGGUAUUGGGUACGUCGAACUUGACGCAGUAGCAUUGGUCAACAGGGCUCUGGCGCUAUCCGGGACAAUCGUAAUGGGCAUGCCAAUUCAAGUGACGCUCACAGAAUCAGAGAGGAAUCGCGAGGGUAUGGAUCUAGCUGCGACUAUAGCCAAACUCUCAGCAUCCAAAGCUCGUCCUCAAGUCACUUACCAGACCCGUUUCCCACCCUUGUCCAAUGGACUUUACAUACCACCAGGGGUUGACGUAGAUGCAAAUCGCGAUGCUUCGGUGCCUUAUCAUCGACUGUUCGUCAGCGGACUGGCGUACAGUCUCGCGGCGGAUGAUAUCAAGCAGGUGUUUGAUCCGUUCGGGCAGAUUGACUUUGUGGAUUUACAUCAUGAUGUGACUGGUCAGAGUAAAGGUACCGCCUACGUACAGUUCCAUGACCUAAAAUCUGCUCAAACAGCUUUGGACGCUAUGAACGGCUUUGAGAUUGCUGGUCGGCCGAUCCGUGUACAAACCAUACAAGAAAGAGCUCACAUCAGUGAAACCCUCGAAGAUGCCGGAUAUUCUCAAGGACGCAAAAUGGAUAAUUCCACCAGGAUGUCGCUCAUGCAGAAAUUGGCGAGGAACGAUGGGCCUGGUUCUGCUCAUAAUUCACCCUUACAGUUUUCCUGUCAUAAAAUGCACAUAAUUGACAACAGUACCAACAACGCUCCUGUAGCUCCUACUCCAUUCAUACUAGUGAACAACAUGUUCAACCCUGAAGAGGAAACGGAGAGGAAUUGGGAUCUGGAUCUAGCGGAAGAUGUCAAAGGUGAGAUAGAAUCAAAGUAUGGGAGAGUAAAACGGAUCAAGGUGGACAAAAUGUCUGCUGGCGACGUAUACGUCGAAUUCGAAGGUACGGGAGCUUCUGAACGUGCUGUCAAAGGAUUGCACGGGCGAUUCUUCGGAGGUAGAUCUCUUCGUGCUGGAUACAUUUCGGAAGGUUUGUUCAAAUUGCAUCUGUGA